AUGGCUUUUCGAAGUAAUAUUUCAGUUGAAAAGUAUCUUCAGUCUGAGUAUCCUGACAUAGAUAUGAACAAAUUUUUUGCGUCAAUUAGUUGGAUGAUUCCUUCGAUGAAGUUGCCAAGCUCAAAAGAUAUGAUAGAGAGGACUACAUCUUUGGGGACAGAAUUGCAGGCUUUACUGUCUGAUUUUUCUAUAAGAGCCAUUAGUUGUAUGGCUGAAACCAGCUUUUUCGGAUUCCUUCUCUUUGGUGAUCAUACGUUGGAUGAUGUACUCCCCAACUUUGAUGGUGAACUUGAAAUUCCUUACGGCUCAUUACUUAUUGAUGUGGUGCCAGUGAGCUAUGUGAUCCACUUGAUGCUUGUUUUCCCAUUGUCUUCUUUUCCAUUCCUUUCAAUCAUAGCAACUCUCGUCUGUCUCAUAUUUUUUGGAGAAAAUUGUGUACCUAAGAUCUGGGAUGCCUUCCAUUUUACUGGCGCCACGACUACUGUCUUUGUUGGUUUCGUUUAUUCAGCUACUAUUGUCCUUAGAGAUACACAUGGAAUUGCAACCAACAGGGACAGGCUAUUUUCAUCGGUCAUGAUAUUGUUAGUUGUUUCCCCAAGUAGUGUGGCAAUCUGCAGUGACAUUUACAACCUUUUCAACAAUGCAGUUGAUGUUGGAUUUUAA